GGUGUUCCACUGGAGGUUAUUUUGAGGGGCUCGUGCUGUCAGCUGUUGUCUUGAGUCCUUUUGGACCCUCCUCACUACUCUUUUUCACUCUGAUAAAACUGUGGACUGACUGGUUCAUUGUCCUCCUUUUCUAUUCAAACCUGAACAGACACGUGUAGCAGAUGAUGGAGGGCACUGACCAGACCUCUGAGAACACCAAUGAACAAGUCAAUGGCCCAGAGGAGCAGCCAGUGGACCCCACGGAGGACUUCAGCAGGCAGCUAGAAGAUAUAAUCAACACGUAUGGAGCAGCAUCCAGCCUGAUGCAGGAGCAGAUCUCCAUCCUGGAGUCUGAGGAGAGAAAGGAAGAGGAGGCAAAGGCUGAUAAAGAGGCCGACCCACAAGAAGCUGGUGCCACUCCAGAGAAGGCGCAAAUAGCUGAUAAGAAAAUCCUCAAGGGCCUGGGUAAAGAGGCCGCAUCCUUAUUGAAAAGCCUGAACAAGCUCGGCUCACCAGAAGAGAAAGUGGAAAUGGUGUUGAAGAAAUACACUGAGCUGGUGGAGGAACACAGGACUGAGAAGAAACAGCUGGAGCAGCUUCAGCAGAGACAGGGUCUUCUGGUCAAGCAGAGAGAUCAGCUUCAGUUCGAGCACAGUCGUGCCAUCCUGGCCCGCAGCAAGCUGGAGAUGCUCUGCAGGGAGCUUCAGAGACAUAACAGGACACUGAAGGAGGAGAGUCUGCAGAGGCUGCGGGAGGAUGAAGUGAAGCGGAAGGAGAUCUCUGCUCAUUUCCAGAGCACGCUAGUGGACAUUCAGAGUCAGAUCGAGCAGCACAGUAACCGCAACAACAAGCUGUGCCAAGAGAACAGUGAGCUGGCCAGCAAACUCAAGACCAUCGUAGAGCAGUAUGAGCGAAGAGAAGAGAGUUUAGAGAAGAUAUUCAAACACAGAGAUCUACAGCAGAAACUGUCUGAUGCCAAACUGGAAGAAUCCAACAUGCUCCUCAGUCAAGCUGAAGAGAAGCACAAAAGAGAGAAGGAAUAUCUGCUUAAAGAGGCUAUUGAAAAAACAAAGAAAUGCUACGCAAUGAGGGAGCAGGAGUUACAGAUGAAGAAACAGCUUGUGUUGUACUCCCAGAAGUUUGAUGAAUUCCAGAACACACUUGCAAAAAGCAAUGAAAUCUACAUCACUUUCAAACAGGAGAUGGAGAAGAUGACAAAGAAGAUGAAAAAGCUGGAAAAGGAGUCAAGUAUAUGGAAGACACGGUUUGAAAGCUGCAAUAAAGCUCUUGUUGAAAUGAUUGAAGAGAGAUCAGAAAAGGCCAAAGAGUUUGAACUCUUCACUUUGAAAAUCGACCGUCUGGAGACUCUGUGCCGAGCACUGCAGGAUGAAAGAAAAAGUUUAUAUGACAAAAUUAAAGAAAUACGGUCCUCAGAAAAGGAGACUGUAGCACCUGUGGUGGAUUUGCCCCAAGUAGCUGAGCUUCAAGAGCUCAUCCAACUUCCUAAGUCAGCUCCCAACCCCAUGUUGACCGCAGAGAUGAAGAGGCUGCGAGAGGAGCAGAUCCGUCUGCAGGAGUUUGCCGCUUCCUUGGUAAGUUCCAUAACAGAUAAUGCUGGAGAAUCUGAUAGUGAGGAAGAGAAGAUGGCAGAAAAGGUUCCAGUAAUUCCUGAGGCUCCCAAACUUGAGUCCACCAAACCAGCAGAUAAACCAGAAUCAACACAAGAGGAACACUCCACCACAGAAGAAAACAAACCAGAGGUUGCAAGAGUUAAUGUAGAGAAGCCAUCAGUACUCACAAAUCCUGAACCCACCAAACCCCAGACGGAAUCCAAACUUCCUCAAGAGCAUCUACAACCAGAGAUCCCUGAACAACAGACAGGAAAACAAGAGUCUGCCAAAGUGGAACCAAGCCAGGAAGAGGCAACAAAAGCAGAAGAGCCAAUCAAACAGGAAUCCACUCAACCAAAGCCUAUCAUGAAAGAAGAUAGCAAAGAUAAAGCUGUUAAACCUGAGCUACCUGGACCAGAGCCGCCCAAACAAGAACCCCUCAAAGAAGAGCAGCCGAAACCUGACUUGAAAGAAGAUAGCAAGAAUGAAGCUGUUAAACCUAAGCUACGUGAACCAGAGCCGCCCAGACAAGAGCCCCUCAAAGAAGAGCAGCCGAAACCUGACUUGAAAGAAGAUAGCAAAGAUGAAGCUGUUAAACCUGAGCUACCUGAACCAGAGCCACCCAGACAAGAGCCCCUCAAAGAAGAGCAGCCGAAACCUGACUUGAAAGAAGAUAGCAAAGAUGAAGCUGUUAAACCUGAGCUACGUGAACCAAAGCCGCCCAGACAAGAACCCCUCAAAGAAGAGCAGCCGAAACCUGUCUUGAAAGAAGAUAGCAAAGAUGAAGCUGUUAAACCUGAGCUUCGUGAACCAAAGCCGCCCAGACAAGAGCCCCUCAAAGAAGAGCAGCAGAAGCCUGUCUUGAAAGAAGAUAUCAAAGAUGAAGCUGUUAAACCUGAGCUACGUGAACCAAAGCCGCCCAGACAAGAACCCCUCAAAGAAGAGCAGCCGAAACCUGUCUUGAAAGAAGAUAGGAAAGAUGAAGCUGUUAAACCUGAGCUACGUGAACCAAAGCCGCCCAAACAAGAACCCCUCAAAGAAGAGCAGCCGAAGCCUGUCUUGAAAUAAGAUAUCAAAGAUGAAGCUGUUAAACCUGAGCUACGUGAACCAAAGCUGCCCAGACAAGAGCCCCUCAAAGAAGAGCAGCAGAAGCCUGUCUUGAAAGAAGAUAUCAAA